AUGUCCGGCCAGUUUUCCACCAUCAUCUACGAAAAACGUGGCGGCGUGGCAUAUCUGUCCCUGAACCGACCAGCGCAGCUGAACGCCUUUUCGGUAUCCAUGCGGGACGACCUUGCAGAGGUUCUUUCCGCAGUGGCCGAGGAUCCCGACGUGCAAUGUCUGCUGAUUACAGGCCAGGGGCGCGCAUUUUGCGCCGGAGCAGACCUCAGCGAAUUUGGUUCAGCGCCUUCGCAGGUCAUUGCGCGCCGGGUACGCUGGCAGCGGGACGUCUGGGGCCAACUGAUUGGCCUGCGACAGCCAAUCGUGGUUGCCGUGCAUGGGUACUGCAUAGGCUCCGGGGUGGAGAUCGCGCUGCUGGCUGAUGUACGGAUUGCGGCGGUUGACGCCAUCUUUGCGCUGCCUGAAGUGCGGCUGGGAAUGAUUCCGGCAGCGGGCGGGACCCAAACCGGGCCAGCCAGCAUGGGCCCGUCGAGGGCUCUGGACCUGUUGCUGACCGGCCGACAGCUGGGAACGAAGGAAGCGUUGAAUCUUGGCUUGGUAAGUCGCGUUGCUAAGCCCGACGAUUUGAUCGCCGACGCCUGGGAAAUCGCCGGGCAACUGGCGGUUCAACCAGCCCAUCUCAAUUCCAGGUUGCGCCGAAGCCUGCGCGAGGGGGCCGACCUGUCCCUUAGCGCCGGGCUGGACAUGGAACAAAAACUGGCAGCAGCAGCAAUGGGCGCGGGUUCCCAUUAG